UAAACUAAUCCAGAAAUCAGGACACGGGGGAAAACGAAUCUGCUGUUCUUGUGCUUACGUUCAAUCCAAUAGACAUCAGUGAAGGCGUACUAUUCAUAAGACAUGCUAGAAACCAGUUCGGGUCGAGGUCCGAAAAAGCUAUUGCCUCAACUCAGCUUCGAUUUCUCGCCAGUCUCAAGUGACUUCUUCCUGAGUUUUGACCAAAAAAAGCUAUUUCGAUUUACUUGAAGGUGCUUUAAGCCAUAGAAAGAACAACAAUACCAGGUCCCUCUGUCAGACCCCUGGACGCCUCUUACGACUGAGUAAGUUAGGUCGAGAUGUCUUAUUCUGCUAUUGAAUCUCCUGAAUAUGUACCGGGUUCCACCCAUGGAACACGAAGACGCUCCUUCAAAUCUGACUUGCACGACGACACUUCGGAAGAAACUCCACUCAUUGGCAGAGCUCCACAUGGUCAGAUCAUUGCUCCCAAGGACAAAUGGAACAUCGUUCGGUGGUCGUUUCUCUACCUAGGCAUGAUAACCAUGUUACCGUGGAACAUCAUGCUUUCCAUGCCCAGUUUUUGGGAUUAUAAAUUUCGCAACGUCACCUUGGAUGCACUGAAUUCGAGCAUAAGCGGCCAAAGCGACUUGUUCAGUGACAAACCGACUGAGAUGCAAAUUACAUUUCCCAGCUACUUGUCCAUAGCCAGCAAUGUUCCCGGUGCCAUAACCACUAUCGCCCAUUCCUUACUGGGCCAGAGAGCUUGUGUCAGAAAGAGGAUCUUCUGGUCGCUAGCCGUUUUCUUCGCUUCCUUUGGGGGCCUUUUAGUUUUGUCCCUUCCUAACAGCGACAAGUGGCAAGACAGAUACCUGCACACUGUCAUCCUGAUGGUGGUGUUACUAAAUGUGGGAGUUAACGUUCUUCAGGGUGCCCUAUUUGGCGUGUCGGGUCGAUUCCCGUCAAUUUACGCUGGCUGUGUGAUGACUGGUCAAUCCUUGGGAGGGGUUCUUCCCGCCAUAGCAGCCAUCCUACUGACUUUGUUUGAUGUGGAGCCUAGAGUUUUAGGACCGGUGUGCUUCUGUUUGAUUCUCGUAUCGAUUUUGACAGCCAUGGUCAUCUUUUUUGGCAUGUCAAACAAUAUCUACUUCUUGUACUAUGGAGAAGGAAAAGUGUCAGUCGAUCAAGAUAUUGACCACAAUGACGAAGUGGAUCACAUAUGUUAUAAGGCAAUUUUCAAAAAUAGUUGGAUGUAUUUUGUUACCGGUUACAUCAACUAUGCAACAACUCUAUCCGUAUUUCCGGCUAUAACGUCUCUUGUUCGAUCUCAAGUGCAGACUCAUUGGACACGAGUAUUCUUCACCCCAGUGGCUAGUGUACUCCUUUUCAAUGUUGGAGACCUUAUCGGUCGAACCUCUGCCACGUGGUUGCAGUGGCCCGGAACUAAACGCUUUGAGCAAUUCACAUUGAUGAGUGUGACCAUUUUACGCAUUGCUUUUAUUCCGAGUCUGAUGCUCUGCAACGUGGAUGUUGCCAUCCGACGUCAUUUGUUCACCCUAUUUCAUGGAGACGUGACAUUUUGUUGCUUCAUUCUUGCUCUGGGAAUAUCCAGUGGAUACAUUGGAAAUGUUUCCAUGCUUAUGAUCCCAAAGGUCAAUGAAGUUGCCAUCGAAAUUCAAGCCGCAGCGACACUGAUGAACUCGGCUGUUGUCUUGGGAAUUGCCAGCGGCUCAACAGCAGGAUACUUUCUCCAGGAUGCUCUAUGAUUGGGAUACAUCGUCCAUUCUAUAUGAAUGAUCCCAAAGGAAAAAACACAUUCCCACCCGCCCAAGCCGUCAAUAACCACAAAAGUCAAUAAUAAAGUAAAGUGUUCGUAAUGCUCAAGGGUCCAAUGAAUGGUUUAAAAAAAUGACCCAAAAUUCAAACACUUUAGGCAAAGUUAAACACUGUAC